GGCUUCCCCCUUCUUACCCCUACGACGGUGGAGAAAAUUUUGUAGUACGUCGCGAGUAUAAAGUGCAAUAAAUGCAAUAAAAGGCCAGCUGGCGAGGAUCGGAACGAUUGAAAGCAGCCAACCGCAGAGGGGCCAGCAUCCGAGGCAGUGAAUCCGCGCAUCCGGCGGAGCGAAGGGACGAAAACCGUAGAAGCUAGUUGCCAUCCGCACACGGACACGGCGCAGACACACACAGGCGCACGCAGCCCGUGCCCAUCGAUGAAAUAACAUACAUAACGAACGUAUACCGAAAAUACACGGGUUACGGGCAAAUAGCAGUAGCACAAAUCGGCGGAUAAUCGAAAUUCGGGGAGCGGAACAACCGGGCCAUCAAGAUGUCGGAUAUUAUGAACAUCGACAGCAUUAUCUCGCGUCUGCUAGAGGUGCGCGGUGCACGACCGGGAAAGAAUGUGCAGUUAUCAGAGAGCGAGAUCCGCAGCCUGUGCCUCAAAUCCCGCGAGAUAUUCCUGUCACAGCCCAUCCUCCUGGAACUGGAGGCACCGCUGAAGAUCUGCGGCGAUAUACACGGACAAUACUACGACCUCUUGCGUCUGUUCGAGUACGGCGGCUUUCCGCCCGAGUCGAACUACCUGUUCCUGGGCGACUACGUGGACCGCGGGAAACAGUCCCUGGAGACGAUAUGCCUGCUGCUGGCCUACAAGAUCAAGUAUUCGGAGAACUUCUUCUUACUGCGCGGCAACCACGAGUGCGCCAGCAUCAACCGCAUCUACGGGUUCUAUGACGAAUGCAAACGUCGCUACACCAUCAAGCUGUGGAAAACGUUCACGGACUGCUUCAACUGCCUGCCGGUGGCCGCCAUCGUGGAUGAGAAGAUCUUCUGCUGCCACGGCGGUCUGAGUCCAGAUCUGUCGUCCAUGGAGCAGAUUCGCCGCAUCAUGCGCCCCACAGACGUGCCCGAUCAGGGCCUGCUGUGCGAUCUGCUGUGGUCCGAUCCGGAUAAGGACACCAUGGGCUGGGGCGAGAACGAUCGCGGUGUGAGCUUCACAUUUGGAGCAGAGGUUGUGGGUAAAUUUUUACAGAAGCACGAAUUUGACCUGAUCUGUAGGGCCCAUCAGGUGGUGGAGGACGGUUAUGAGUUCUUCGCCAAACGUCAGCUGGUCACGCUCUUCUCGGCGCCCAACUAUUGUGGGGAGUUCGACAAUGCGGGUGCCAUGAUGUCCGUGGACGACACAUUGAUGUGCUCCUUCCAGAUAUUGAAACCCGCCGACAAGCGACGAUUUGUUUAUCCCAACUUUGGCAGCUCAGGACGUCCUUUGACACCGCCGCGUGGCGCCAACAAUAAAAACAAGAAAAAAUAAACGCUGCACACCUCGAACAAAGCACAAUAGCAACUACAAACGGCCACACACCCACAAAAACAUAGGGAAAAUGGAAAGGAGAAUCCGUGUCCACAUACAACGGAAGGCGCAGAAAGUUUGUUUUUAUCGAAUACGUGUAAUCGAAUCGUGAGCAACGUUAUAAGGGGUAUAUGAAUCUACACAAAUUAGCCUAUUUUUCAUUGAGAGAAAAACCAAACAAAAACAAAAAAUGAAAGCGAAAAGAAUCAAGAAAAAAGAAAACAAAUCGAGACACUUUAGUUCAAAGUAAUGGUAGUGUAAGACACUGCAUAAGCAAGAAUAUCUUAUCUCCUAAUGUAUUAAUUUUGUUAUAGUUUUUCCUGCGCAAAGCCCACACAAACACACUCACACACAUGCUUAGAUCACCCGUACAGUAGGUACGAAAAGUGCACGCACCGGUUGUAUUUUAAUUUGCAUUUCUAUCUCGCACAGCAUUUUAUUUUAGCCCUUUCGGUGGCACUUUUAGCAGUCUCUGGCAAUGGUUUUCAACCACUCUUCCGUUCUUCCUCUUCUAUUUUUGCUUGUCUAAAAGAAUACUAGCAAAUGGUAAAAAUGUUAACUUUUACGUUAAUUAAACUGUACGAGAAUGCUUUUAAAUGUGAGUUGAGCUAACUACAUAUUACAUAUGUACUCGAAGCACGAUUUAUUUUUGUAAUAUUGUCAUAGAAAUUUUACAUCGAUACAUGUUUACUUAGUUUUAAAAAUGAGAAAAGCAAUUUUAGUUGCAAGCUACAUAAGUUUGAAUUGUUUACACCAAAAAUAUUAAAAUAAACAAAUAUUGUGAAUAUUUUUUUAACUGUUUGCGUUACACACACACACACCGCCCACAAACACGCACACACCAUUGAAGAAACCAAGAUUUUAAGGAAACCCAAAAAAAAUUGUUUAUAUACAAAACCCAAAUUAAAGAGCAACUUUAAUUAGGGCAAAUGCUUUUGAGCAGCACUGUGUGCUCUCUGCUGAUGUCAGCGACAAGGCAGAUAAUGUUUCCCCCUCUAAAUCCCCCACUCGAAAGGAAAGCAGUUCCAGACCCAGACCCAUUAAAUGCAUGCGAAAUUCACACACUAGGAGGAAACCGAAACAAAAAUAUACAAGUAAUAAAAUAUUUGUAAACAGCAGCGCAACAAAUACAAACAGACACGGUUAUCGUACUUUGUGUAUUUUGCAUUCUACGACUAUACUGUCGGUACAUUCUAGUGCUAAAGGCCGCCACAUUCAAUUACAAGUAUUAUGCCCAGGCAGGCAGCGAUCCGGAGCGAUGCAGCCGGACGCAACUCACCCAAACCCAAAACGGUUUCGUUUGUAUAAUCCAAUCCCCGCCCGACAACCAACCAACCUACUAACAACAAUCGCGUAACCUAUGGAAAACAAAAGCAAAAAAUAUGAGUCCUCGUCUAUUUCACACUCUAGUACUCUGUUCAAUGUUGUAAUGAAUUCAACGUAUGUUUACGACUAUAUAUGUACUUGUAAUAUCGCGAUCCAGUACGACAUCGGCUGUUUUCAAACCCCAAAACACAAGUCAUAAGAAUCUAUAACGUAAUAUCAU